AUGCCUUCGUUAAAAGCCUAUACACCCUAUGAAACGCUUGCUUUCUGCCAGUCUGUCGCUCGGCAUGGGUCCGAUACUGCCGCGUUUGAGGAUAUCGCAACUUCCUUAAAUGCAAACGGACUUAUUCGCCAAAGCCAGACCUAUGAUCAGACUCGAUUGACGGCGAACGCCCUCCGCGCACUAUAUCAAGAUUUGCUUGCAGAAGAAAAAGAUGAGGACAUCCCUAAGGUCAAUGGUGACAAUGUCAACCCACGAAAGCGAAAGCUGUCAACUUCUCCGGCUCCAUCCGAGAGCGACGAAACCGAUCAAAAAUUGCUUCGAUCGCUAAUUGACAAACUCUACGCCCGCUUUAGAGAACAAACGAUCAAAGAAAUCCGCGAGGAAGAAGAGGCUUAUCGCGUGCUUCAGGCAGAGAUUUCUAACUUAGAGAAGAGGGACGAGGACGAGCAAAACCAGCAGGAUAUCGCAGAAAAGAUCAAAGCACCAUCUCAGGCUGGAGGAGAACCACAGAAGACCACCGAUGAUGGUGCGCUGAAUGCUCCAGAGCCUCAGACUCGUCCCGAUGCGGCUGCCGCACAACUACAUGCCAGCCUCGAUGCUAGCCGCACGGACACAGUCGCGCCGGGGGCAACAGUGCCAACUUCUGCAGAUGCCAGCGCCUCUCCGUCUUCGGUUCGGAGUGGACAGCAUCAACCCGUAGCAGCCUCGAAUUCUCCGGCACCUUCAACUCCCAACAUCCCUUCAGCGAGACCAUCAGCAGAACCGGGUCAAGUUAGACCGUCACAACCUCCUUCAGCGCCUCCUCAACAUCAAUCUCCAGGUGCAUUUCACCGUACUCUUCCAGUCCCAUCCCCGGGACGACCGAACUAUGGUCCGAUCAAUCAGCAACAUUUUCAACCUGGUCCGCAAGGACAACCGGUGCCAAUUUUACCGCCUAUUUCAGGAAUGCCUCAUAUGCCUCCACCUACAGAGUUCCCGCCUCAAAAGCGUUCAAGCCCGGCAUCUGGUCAAGGAAGAGGAUCACCUAUUCAUAUGCCCCCCCAACAAGCCUAUCCAGGGUAUCCACCAUACCCUCAACCUCCUUGGUCUCACCAAUUCCCUCAGCAAUAUCCUCAGCCACCGCCCUACCCGAGUCCUCAAUUCUAUAUGCAGUCCCCUCCGGGACCUCCUGGAAUACCAUAUCAAACGUCUCAUCAUCCAUCAUAUUCACCGUAUCCUCAAAGUGCCCCUAUUCCUUAUCAGAGUCAACCUCCUCCGCCACACAGUUGGCAUCCUCAGCCUGGUCAGCCAUAUUACGGAUAUCAUGGUUCUGGAACUAUGACACCUGUGGCCCGAAGUGAUUCUAAACAACCUCCGCUACGAGGUAGAUCCUCGACGCCUUGGAAAAGACGAUCGGAGCUGCCCAAUGGUGCUCGCCAACCCAGCCCUGUUCGACCAGAGAGAGAUGUUAGUCCACUUACAGAUACUGAGUCCACUUCUCGAUCUAGCAAACCUAGGAAAUCUCCGAAAUCCCCGAGCAAGAAGAAUCAGAGAGCGGAUGAAAAUGUUCUGUCGACGCGAGAAACUCCCCUUGUCAGAGGCAGGCAGGCAACAAGUGCCACUCCAUCCGCCUUUGCUGGAUCAAGAUCGCAAUCUAUUACGUCUUUUAAUUCGGAUACCCCUACGGAAAAACGCAGAAAAGGUCGUCGAAGCGAAAAGAUUAAGGCUGAGCCUCCCAGUACGCCUGCCCCCCUACCGUCGGAUACUGAGCAAACUCAACGAUCAUCUGGUGGUCGGGGAAGGCCUCGGAAUAGCACUGUGAGCUCCAGAAACGAUUUGAAUCGGAUCACGAUAACCGCGAAGCGUAAGCGUUCCCCGGGUGGUGAUUCUGCGACUCCAUUAGCGUCCCCGGCCCGUGUACCGAUCCCGCAUCAAACGCUGCAUAACCCUUCCCUUGUCGUUGUGUCCAAAAAUUUCACCAAAACUUCACACCUUUUGCUGAAUGACAUUGUUUCGCACAAGCUGGCAGGAAUCUUCGCCAGACCUCUCUCGGAACGCGACGCUCCAGGCUAUAAAGAUUUGGUAUUUCGUCCGCAGGACCUUAAAAGUAUCAAAGUAGCCAUUUCAAGGGGAGGGAAAGCUGCUUUUGCCGCUAUUGAAUCUCUCGAAGGAGAAGAUCGGAGUGGUGAAGAAACACCUACUGGGAAUGCGCUAACCCUAGGAUCGGAUGCUCGGGAGCGAUCUAUGGGCAAUGGUGUGUAUCUGGUCAAGACCUCAGAAGACCUGGUCCCACCUCGAGGAAUUGUCAACUCUUCUCAGCUAGAGAUGGAAUUGGCCCGGAUGUUCGCCAACGCUGUCAUGUUUAAUCCACUUCCAACUUCCGAAAGAGGAUUUGGGAGAUCAUUUCGCCUCAGGAAACAGGGAGGACAUAUUGAACCGGAUCGUGAUCCCAACGACCUCAGCUCGAGUGAAGAAGGUACCCCGGUCGACGAAGGUGGUAUCAUCUCCGAUACUCGCGAAAUGUUCGAGGAUAUCCUUGCACAAGUGCGGAAAUGGCGAGAAGUCGAACUCGAGAGAUUAGGCGGCGAGGAUGUUACCGGCACUGGUUCCAAGGGGGCGCAGUCAUCGGCAUCUCUGGCUGCGCACGGUAGUGCCAGUGCUAGUGUCCGGCAUUCAAGCGUCAGUUCCGCUAUGAAUGAUGACGACGCUGGUGGAGAUUCUGGUGCAGUGUCUACCACGGUUCCCGUGACUGGUACGGUAAGGAAGAGAAGACGAAUUGCAGAGAAUUAA